AUGCCUCCAAUUCAAAGCCUUUGUCGCAGGCGCCCACAGCAUCGAAGGCUGAUCCGAUACUCAAGCACUACUGGUGCUGUGCAACCUUCGGACCUGCUCCCUAGCUUUCUACGAUUGUGGGAGAAUGAUCUAAUGAGCGAAGCUGACUCUUAUCACCCGCCGCAUAUAGGAAUAUGUGUCAGUGGUGGUCCAGAUUCCAUGGCAUUGGCAUGGCUUUUGAAGCAAUUGCCAAAGCUAGAUAAGAGACUACAAGCGGUCGAGCCUAUUGCCUUCAUUGUCGACCAUAAGGCACGAAAUGGAAGCCGGGAGGAGGCCGAAUUCGUCUCAAAUGAACUUGACAAAAUGGACGUCAAAAGUGUCAUUUUGAGUAUGCAAUGGUCUGGCACUCUAGACCCGUCCGAGUUAUCGGACUUUGAGUUCAGGGCCCGGGUUUCACGUUAUAGAUUGAUCGCAUCGGCUGCGAUCCGAAGGAAGAUCAGACAUCUCUUCGUAGGACACCACCAAGAUGACCAGGUCGAGACAGUUUUAAUGCGACUAAUUCGAAACUCGACGACAUCAACGGCUUUCCUCGGCUUGCAGGGCAUGGCUGAUCGCACCACAAUCCCUUGCUGCGAAAGCAUCCGAGGCGCUCACGAAAGGCCACCGUAUGAGCGAUUCGAGCAAUGGCAUCAGACUCCUGAUACUGCUCAACUCAAUUCCAAGAUGGAAAAUUCGACGUUGGACCAGGACCACCUCAAUCGCGGCAAAGUUGUGACAGUAUCUCGCCCAGGAGGGCUUCAGAUCCACCGGCCAUUAUUGCCCUUCCCCAAGUCGAGACUUGUCGAUAUUUGCGAAAGCAAUCACAUCAAAUAUGUCAAAGACAAGACAAACGAGGAUCCAACAUUGACAUUAAGAAACGCGGUCAGGUAUAUGAGAGCGAAGUAUACCUUGCCUCGAGCUCUGAUGGCCGAAUCAAUGCUACACUUGCUCCAAUGGGCGCAGACUUCUGCACAAGAUCUGGUUGAAAGGGGAACCCGGCUGCUCAAUAUGGUCGAUGUGGUGACUUUCGACCUACGAUCGGGAAUGAUGACCAUAAGUGUCGCCAGUGAAUUCGUCCAAGCUUGUCAGAAACUGCAGUCAGGUGCGAAUGCACUUGCGCAACUUACAAGCGUGGUGAGCUGCCAGCACAGGGCCGCCAUUCCGACCCUUGUGUCUCAUCAGAACCUCGAGGACUUUCUGCAAAUUAUGCAAUCUCCGGAGCUACGGCGAACCACCAUCCAGCAAGUCCUGCUUGAGAGGUUGCAGAGCGCCUCCCAGGAUGCGUCAGGUUCCGUGCUUGUGAGGCUGGCUAGGCCACCUAUGCGUCCUGCUGAAGUUGCGCUUGCCACUCAAGGAUUUUCUCCCUCCGCCCCGAGAGAUGAUGACCUGCCAAAUGAAGAUGGCAUAUGGUCCGAAUGGCUGUUGUGGGAUCAUCGCUACUGGAUACGAGUCAGGACCAAGAAUGCUAGUCGACUCGAGCAGAUUGCAGUUCGCCCUUUUCAGGUAGCGGAUGAAGGUCACCUGCGCCAGAUGGUCAAGCAAGAACGAGACGAGCUUCACAGCAUGUUGGCUGAAGCAGCUCCGGGAAAGCUGAGAUAUACUUUACCGAUCCUGACAUUUCUGGGCGAGAUCUCUGUCUUUCCAACACUGAAUGUUCUCAUACAAAGGCCGCCGACCGAAAAGUUGGAUUCGACCCUGAACGAGCAUCCGUUACUUGAGUGGGAAGCCUGCUACAAAGCCAUUGACCAACCUUUCAUCAACGAGCGGAAGUCGACUAUUGAGUGGAGGAAUGCUCAGAUCAAGCGGCUCUGA